GCCCGAGGCAGGGGCAGAGUCCAGCCCGGGGGGAGCAGCAGGUUCCCCAGCCCGGGCAGGCGGCGGCGGCGGGGAGGCGGCUGGGGCGCGCACCAUGCCUCUGCGGCUGCGGGGCAAGAAGAAAGGCAAGUCCAAGGAGACCUCCAAGCUGGUGGAGAGCGAGGAGGCGGCUGCGGCCCGCGGGGGAGGCGAUGCUGCGGCCGCGCCGCCCCCUCCUGCCCAGCCCGGGGCCCGGCUGCUCUUCCACACGCAACUGGCGCACGGCAGCCCCACCGGCCGCGUCGGGGGCUUCGCCAGCGUGCGGGAGCUGUACGAGCAGAUCGGCCAGGCGUUCCGCAUCCCCGCCGCCGAGCAGCGUAUUAAAGAAGACAGCCUUGUCGACCAAAUCAAAGCGAUAUGCGUGGGUGAUCAUAUAGAAUCUAUAAAUGGAAAAAAUUUGGUGGGUUAUCGUCAUUAUGAAGUUGCCAACCUUUUAAAAGGACUGGAGAAGGGUCAGACAUUUAAACUAACAUUGAUCGAGCCUAUGAAAGCAUUUGAAAUGAUUGAACCAAGGUUAAAAAGUGGAACUCUAUCAGAAGCUAAAAUCUCCAAGGGAAGAGAAACGCUUCGACUGAGAUCCAAAGGUCCUGCCAUUGUGGAGAAAGUGCCCUCUGAAAUUGAAGAAAAAGCAAUAAAAAAAGUAGAUGACCUUCUUGAAACAUACAUGGGAAUAAGAGAUAUUGAACUAGCUGCAACAAUGGUAGAAGCAGGAAGAGACAAGAACAAUCCAGAUGAAUUUGCUGUUGCACUUGAUGAAGCUCUUGGAGACUUCGCAUUUCCAGAUGAGUUUGUUUUUGAUGUAUGGGGAGCCAUAGGUGAUGCUAAACAAGGACGAUUUUAAUGAGAAAUGUACAAUUUAUUAAUCGCUGUUUGAAGAUACAAUUGCUUUUAAACAAUUAUGGGAUCAGAAUUUCAAUUUAUUAAUAUGAACGAUGGGCUGAUGCUGUAUAUAUUUGAAAUAUUCCCCUUUAAAACCUUUUGCAAAGUAGUCUUUUCUGGGUACGUGUUUUGAAAACCCUUGUAUAGCAUCCAGAUAUGCUGAAAACUACACAUUUUAAAAACAAAUAUUUAAUCUACUUUUAUAAAUUAAAUAAAUGGAACAGUUCCACGGUAUCUGUUUAGUAUUCCAUUGAUCCAGUAUUUUUUUUUCUCACGUGCAGUAUAUUAAAAGUAUUUUGCAGUUCUCUGAAGAGAUAUUAGACAUAUAUAAUAAAGAGCUAGGGGUAUUUUAUCUUUUUUAAAGAAAAGCUUUAUAAAACUUGAGAAUAUGAAAAAGUACUCAGAUGUGCUAUAACUCAAUAAUCCUCUGUUCCCUCAUGUACACUUUGCUAUAUAUCUAACUCCUUCUUACUGUUGUGUAUGAAGGAGUGCUCUUCCUUACAGAAAGUUGGGAAGAGGCUACUCUUUGUAUAGGGGUGAGGUUCAGAAAAAUCUUCCCCUCAACAACCCCCAAGGCUUCAUUUGAGACCUGACACCCUUUGGAUGGAAAUGAUUUAUAUAAAAUAGGUAUAUCACCAUAUAUUAUCUCAUAGAAUUGGAAGGGACCCUGAAAGGCCCCCUGCCUUCACUAGCAGGACCAAGUACUGAUUUUUGUCCCAAA